UAGGAUGGUUAUAGUUGUACUACUUCUCUUCUCCUCGAUAAGACUGAGUCACCCUGCUCCUCCCGAUCCUGCUCUUAUAAAACAAGCUCUCAAAACAUUCGAGAGCAUGCGGUCAGUGUAUCUGGAUCUUGGAAUACUCCCAUCCGAGAUAAGCAGUAGAGUUGAUAACUUUGUUCGCAACUAUGUCCGCUAUGUUGAGAUAGAUAAAAUAAACGGUAAGACGUUCAACACGGGUCUGAACUCCAUAGCCCUGCUGAGUGACCUGGAGUUACAGGAGAUGUUCGGGGUAGUCCCUGACAGCAGCUCCUUCCACUCCUUCCAGAGGGAUGAUCAGGUGUCCAGUAAAGUAAACGAGUUGGAAGUUUUAAAGUCGAAGAUCGGAGAGGAUCGUUAUAACCAAGCUGCUGUCGUAUUCGCUCGAUUACGACCAUACUACAAAAAGCUCGGUGUAGAUCACAACAACCAGAAAACACGUCUAGCUCAGUUUAUUGAAGGCUACAAUCAACAAUUCUAUGGUCAUAUAAAAGGUUCUAGCUUGGACGAGAUAGCAGCCAAAGCGGCAUCAAAAAAGGACGUUAUAGGAUUACUUGGAGUCAAGGAGAUAGAGCCCAAAAUUUACUUAGACGAGGAAUUGUCUGAUAUCUCGCACGGUGAUAAGAAGGUUCCAGAACCCGAUAGUGCCGGACGUCACGAAAAAACCGUUUAUUUUGACGAUAUUGGAGAACUCCUGAAAUCUGAGCAUUACCAUAGCAAUACUGUUAAGCAGUGCGAGACAGCUAUCGCUAACAAAACUUGCGCGGUGAACAAAGACAAUCUGGGAAGAGAUGAAUUUACAGGCAAAAAUUACAAGUGUUUGAAUGUUCGCAUGAAGUUUCGCUGCUUGGAAAACGAGCUUGGAAUCCCGGGCGAGUUCAGAGAUUGGGAGAAAUGGGGCUAUGUCAGAUCUCUCCUACAUUACAGGUCUGCCACGACGAUGCCAGCUGGGUGGGCUCACACAGCAUCUCAGAUAAUGGACAUGUACCAGCAGAUAUACGCUAAAAUUGUCACCUACUACAGACGAGAUCUUACUGAUUUUACUCACCUGCUGAACUGUGUGUACGCAACUAACGGAUUGGGGAGAGGUUCUCCUCAAGCAGCAUUCCAGUACAUCAGUGAAAAACACGUUGUCCCCAAGUUCUCUUCAACAGAGGUCCCUGUGAACUGUCGAGACAGAAAGAAAAAAACCGAUGAUUGUUCGGAUUACAAAGAUUAUAUCAAAGAUAUGUUGAUUGAUAAAAGUGGUGGUAUCUUCUACAAGUACCUUUAUUUGUGGGAUAAAAGCCGGAAGGGAAUGAAAAAUGAGUUUUGUUAUAGUAACAGCAUGGUGUUUGAGCCUAGUAAAACUUCUAUUCCGGAUGUGUCGUUUUUGCCCGGAAAAGCCUACAUUCAGUUUGCCGACACAUCAAAAGUUGAGGUUUGGACUGAAUCAGAUGGAGGAAACGCCCUCACGUUUCGUGGAUCCGUUUACGGUGAGAACAUUGCAAAACCGCUUCUCUACAAGAAAGGACCCUUAGCAGUAAUGAUGUCUGCCUGCUACGAGAUAUUCGGAUAUACGGACGGGAUUUUCGACUACGAUUGUGCGAAAUCUUUACACCGAUAUUUACCACAAUGGGUUACGAUAGUAUCGUACGGUACCACUUGGUUUGGAACAGUCCUACCCAAGCUUUAUAGUGUCAGCAAUACUUUUGGUGUGGACUAUCCGACUGUGUUGAAGGUAUCUCGUAAAGAUAAACACACCAUUAUAUGGGACUCAUUUGUGCUACCAAGAGUGACGCCAAGUGUGACGCCAUAUAAAGAUUCUCUGAGUUGUACGAACGGAGGAAUAUAUUAUCUCACUGAUGAAAAUGAUGGCAAGUGCUACUGUCCUAUGAAUAAAAAAGGUCAAAGGUGUCCAGAUGAAUGUGAACUGACCUAUCUCACUGAUGGAAAUGAUGGCAAGUGCUACUGUCCUAAGAAUAAAUACGGUCCAAGGUGUCAAAGUGAAAAUUCAGAAUGUGAACUGACCUAUCUCACUGAUGGAAUUGAUGGCAAGUGCUACUGUCCUAAGAAUAAAUACGGUCUAAGGUGUGAACUGACCUGUGAACUGACCUGUGAAAACGGGGGACAGGUCUCCCGUGGGAGCUGUGAAUGUGACUGUAACGGUCAGUUCUACGGGAAACGCUGCCUUAAAAAGUGCACGUGCAAGAAUUCUGGGAAGUGUGACGCGCAUGGCAACUGCAUCUGUCACAGACAGAUAAGUUGGGGGACACAAUGUGAGAACCGGUGCGAGUGUCAGAACAACGGUUACUGCCACAACGACGGCUCCUGUGAGUGUAUGGCCGGAUUUAAGGGACCCAAGUGUUCUGGAACAUGCGCUAAAAAGUGCCAGUCCCCUAAAGUGUGUCUGUACUCCAACUCGCGCACAGAGUCCGGUGAUCAAAUCAAGGAGUUCUGUGGGUGCCCACACGGCUUCUACGGAGAAGGCUGUCUCAACAGAGUGGACUGCCAUCACAACGCAGAGGGGAGAGAAGGCAACUCAGAUCUCUGCAAAAAACUGAUGGGUAGAAAUAGGUGUAAUACUGAUGAAGCGAUGAAGCAGUGUCCCCAUGCCUGUGGGCAUUGUCUGACUCUUGAUGUAGCUACUGAGUUUGAUAUGUAGUGUUUAUAGCAGGACCGACUGACCGAGGGACAAUUUUUGACCGAGGGCGAGGACUUAUUCGACCCCUAAACCGAGGAAUGACUAUUUUGGCCGAGGACUUAGUCGACCCCUAAACCGAGGAAUGACUAUUUUGGCCGAGGACUUAGUCGACCCCUAAACUGAGGAAUGACUAUUUUGGCCGAGGACUCAGUCGACCCCUAAACCGAGGAAUGACUAUUUUGGCCAAGGACAAGUCAAAAUGGCCGAGGUCGCGGGGCUCGGUCGACCCCUGGUUCAGAGCCGAAUUUUACGACAAAAUUGGUUGUCUCUAUCUUUAUAUUUAGUGUUAUUUUUCAUCAGUACAUUCUGAUUCAUCUUUGAAAUUUGUAUAUUUUCCAAAAAUCAAUUGAAUA